AUGGGGUCGGUGGAGAACGAGAUGAGGCGGAAGGAUCACCUGAUAGAGGAACUCAUCAAACUGCACCCCAGCCAUGGCCUCAACAAGGUGCGUGGAGGGGAUGCGGAAGAGGCGCUACGCAGUGACUUGGCGGCAAUAACAGUGAAAGUGGAGCGGCUGGAGCAGCAGCUGAGGGACGCGCUGGCCUCCGUAUCCUCUAAGGACUCCAGGGUGACGGAACUCACCCGCCAGCUGGACGCCCACAGGCAGGAGCAUGCCCGCCAGGCAGCCACUAUCGUCACGCUCCGUCAGAAACUCCAGGAGUGUGCCCGGCUGCGUAGCGAGGUCCUGAGGGUGACGGAGGAACUGGACCAGAGGGAGGGUGAGGCAGCAGCAGCGAGGCAGACGGUGGAGAGGCUGGUGAACGAGCUGGACGACGAGAAGCGAACAGUCGAGGAGCAGAACCUGGCCCUGGUGGAGUACCGGAAGGUGGGUAGCUGGUUGGAUGAUCUUGUUCGGUUGUUCUAA